CUGUGAGAAAAGCUUGCUGAAACUAUGUGAUGAAAAUCUUUGACUUAAUAUUAUGCAGGUAGUGCACAGUGGGUUCAUGGGCCUUUUUUUCACUGAAACUGGGUCAAUGACAGAGGAUUUAUGGGCCACAAAACCAAAAAUAAAAUUCCAAAAUAAACUAAAAGGCUCCAUUCAGCUGAGAAUUACAGAGUUGGGUGACAAUUCUCGGUGUAAACAACCUCUUUCACAUUACACAUAGUCAUUCAAUCAAUUGUUUAUAGAAAAACAUCUUGUUUAGGGCAUCUUAGAACAUUCUAUAACAUUCCUAAAGGGAAGAGACAGUUCCAGCUAUGCUAGGAAAAGACAAUGGCAUCAAACGUAUGGUAGCCUUGUUCUCCUUACCAGUCUCAUCAUACUGGGUCAAAGGGCUGUUUUUAUGUCUGUACUUUUUUUUUUUAUCUGUGUUUAUAUGCGACCUUGCAUUUAAGACAAUACAGUUUACUUGAACCAAGCACCAGUGCACAAAUUGUGCCCAUCUAAAAACCAAGAUUUACUGAAGACCUUGACCUCAGCUCACCAAAGAUAAAUCAGACGGUUGGUGGGGGAUGUCUGCAUAGGAUAGGGGAUAGACCAUGAUGUCACACAUUUGAUGGCCUUGUUUCUUUUAUCAAUCCCAAUCCCUUCUUUUUACAGUGAUUGUGUGUUGGGCGUAAAUUUUUCUUUUGGCUAGGUUGUGACAAUUUUGAUUACCUUUUGUACCAUGUGUGCAGCUUCCACAGAUGAAAGGGGCAUCCUCUGGAUACUACAGUAUACUGUAUUUAAAGACUCCUCUGGUGGAUUUUCAUUAAGACUUUCGACAGCUCUGCUCACACCUGAAACUCACAGUCAUCACCUCAAGAAUGGGAAAGGUUCAUUUGGAGAACAAUGAUACCAAAGAAAAGAAAACUGAGUAUAGCUUAGUACGGGUCAAAGGCACAUGGACACGCAAACUGGGGAAGAGGAUCAAUAAGGACACAGUUGACUGUGUCUCUGCUGCAAAAAUCUAUGAGAGCAUCAGAGAAAAGGGCACCAGCUGGACCGUGGUCACCCCCAUUGUCUUUACUUACAAGGUAACUGAGACUCAGGGAUUGCUGGAUCCAAGCAACGACACACUCCUGCUGGGUCACCUCACCGACCCGCAGCAGCUGGAGGACAUUAAAAAAACAAACAAGCCACUCAAACGCUUUGUGGUUGUUGACCAGGAGGUCUACAAAAUCUACGGCCCCAAGCUAACUGAAUAUUUAGAGGCUCACAAUGUCCUGUACAAGAUCUUGGCUCUACCCACCACUGAAGAGAACAAAUCCAUGGAGAUGGCAAUGGAGAUCCUAGAAGAGGUCAACAACUUCUCCCUGGACCGCCGCACAGAGCCCAUCAUUGCCAUUGGUGGAGGUGUGUGCCUAGACAUAGUUGGCCUGGCUGCCUCACUCUACAGGAGACGCACCCCUUACAUCAGGGUCCCAACCACACUGCUCUCCUACAUCGAUGCAAGUGUGGGGGCAAAGACAGGGGUUAACUUUGCAAACUGCAAGAACAAGCUGGGUGCCUACAUUCCACCCACCGCUUCUUUCCUUGACCUGUCUUUCAUACAAACUGUUCCUCGGCGACACAUCUCCAAUGGGCUGGCAGAGAUGUUAAAGAUGGCCUUGGUGAAGCACAGAGGGCUCUUUGAACUUCUUGAGAAACAUGGCCAUUCGCUGUUGGACACUAAAUUCCAGGGUGAUAACACUGUCUAUAGGCACAACUGCUUAGAGCCUGCUUCACAAGCAACUCGAAUGGCCAUCACAACCAUGCUGGAGGAGCUUGCCCCCAACCUUUGGGAGGAUGACCUAAACAGACUUGUGGACUUUGGCCACAUUAUCAGCCCAGCAUUGGAGAUGAAAGUUCUUCCAUCUCUACUGCAUGGUGAGGCAGUGAAUAUUGAUAUGUCUUACAUGGUUUACGUGUCUCAAGAGAGUGGUCUGUUGACUGAAGAAGAAAAGCAAAGGAUCAUCAGCUGCAUGGUCAGCCUGGAGCUGCCUGUCUGGCAUCAAGCAUGUACCAUGGAGCUCAUCCAGAAGUCUCUGCAGGACAGGCUGAAGCAUUCAGGUGGCCUGGUCAGAAUGCCUCUGCCUGUUGGUCUAGGACAAGCAGAAAUUUUUAAUAACACAUCUUAUGAGAUCCUGCACAAGGCGUACGAAAAAUGGUGCAAUGAGCUGAGUGCAUCCUCAGACAGCAACUGUGACCCUUAAAGGGUCAGUAUUUUUCAACCUGGACCCUAUUUUCCCAUUUUUUGUGUCUAACUAACUAAUGUUGAAAAUUUUUGAAAUUGGU